CCCUACUUUAAAUUUUCAUAGAAUGGUAAUUUGGAUUUGAGAACCCUCCCAUGCUAACCCUAAAUCCCUAAUACUCCUGAUGUGGGAAGCAAAGUACAAGUUUUUAAGCUGCUGAAAAAUUGAGACAAAUUCCGUUAUGGAUUAGGAGGGACGGUUAUCAUUGGAAUUGGCCCAUAAGAAUAUGCGACUUCUUCACAUACUCUCCCAUCAGUGAUCAGAACUGAUAAUUUUCGCACAGAAAUCGUUAUAUCUGAAUUCUGAAUAAGCUUCUCUUCAUUCUUCUGCAAUUGAUUCUCUUUCAUCUCGGGAUGACGACAAAGUCUGCGGAAACUCUGAAGCUCAAUUCACCCAUAACCCAACCCACCAAUGGCACCAAAGCCGAUUCGUCAUAUUCUCUUGAGAAAUUUCGCCUCUAUGAAACUCAGGCCAGGUUUUAUCUGAUUGGGAGCGAUAGAAAUAAGCAAAUCUUCAGAGUGUUGAAGAUAGACAGAAUGGAGCCUUCUGAACUGAAUAUUAGUGAAGAUCCUGUUGUUUACCCCGUUAAAGAAGUUAAAAGUUUGCUGCAACGGAUUGCAGACGGCAAUCGAGCCACUGGAGGAUUGGCUUUUGUGGCCAAAGUUUAUGGCAUUGUUGGUUGUAUUAAAUUCUUGGAGUCAUAUUAUCUUGUAUUAGUGACAAAGCGCCAUCAAAUAGGAUGUAUUUGCGGUCAUGCCAUCUACGGAAUAGAUGAGAGCCAAAUCAUCACGAUUCCGCACAUAUCUGUUCAGACUGAUCUUGCUCAUUCAAAAACUGAGCUGCGGUACAAAAAACUUCUAUCCAGCGUUGACUUGACUAAGGAUUUUUUCUAUAGUCAUACAUAUCCUAUAAUGUGCAGCUUGCAAAAGAAUGUAUUGUCAAUGAGUGAGAAAGGGAUGCCAUAUGACAAUAUUUUUGUCUGGAAUGCCUAUCUAACAGAACCAAUUAGAUCAAGAUGUAAGAACACCAUGUGGACAAUUGCUUUGGUUCAUGGACACUUUAGGCAGGCCAGGCUAUCAAUAUUUGGAAGAGAUUUCAACGUGUCCUUGGUCGCAAGACGUUCUAGACAUUUUGCUGGGACACGGGAAGGACCUAAGGAGGAAGAACAGCUACCCAGCUACUUGAAAAGGGGAGUUAACGAUCAUGGAAGAGUGGCAAAUGAUGUAGAAACAGAGCAAAUUGUUCUAGACGAAGAAGCUGGGUCAUGCAAAGGAAGGAUGAGUUCUGUUGUGCAAAUGAGGGGUUCAAUACCUCUUUUCUGGUCUCAAGAGGCUUCACGAUUCAGUCCGAAACCAGAUAUAAUCCUACAAAGAUAUGAUCCAACUUAUGAGGCUACGAAGAUGCAUUUUGAUGACUUGGCAAGGAGAUACGGAAACCCCAUCAUUGUACUUAAUCUAAUAAAAACAGUAGAGAAAAGGCCACGAGAAAUGAUGCUGAGGCGUGAGUUUGCAAAUGCGGUUGGGUAUUUGAACCAAAUUCUUACCGAGGAACGUCAACUUAAGUUCAUACACUGGGAUUUUCACAAAUUUGCAAAGAGCAAAUCGGCAAAUGUGUUAGCAGUUUUGGGUGGUGUGGCGAGUGAAGCCCUAGAUUUGAAUGGGUUUUACUAUAGUGGGAAGUCUUUUAUCAACAAAAGGCGAGUUACUCAAAUAAGCCGGACAAGCACUGGAAGGGAAUCUGCUUUAAGGGAUAUGAGAGCUAGUUCAGGGGACUUGUCCAGGAUUGGUAGUGGUAACGAUGUAUUUAAUUCCUUGAGCAAACUAGAUAAAGAUAUAGAUAGUAAUAGGCAGAUUGGCAAGGAUAACAGUGCUAAUGUUGCACCAUGGUUUCAAAGUGGAGUGCUCCGCACAAAUUGCAUAGAUUGCUUGGACCGGACAAAUGUGGCUCAAUAUGCAUAUGGUCUUGAAGCUUUGGGCCGUCAAUUACAUGCAAUGGCAUUGACUGAUAAGCCCAAAGUGGAUCCCAGUAGCAGCAUUGCCUCGGCUCUCAUGGAUAUGUACCAGAGCAUGGGUGAUGCCCUAGCACAACAGUAUGGUGGCUCUGCAGCUCACAACACUGUCUUUCCUGAAAGGCAGGGAAAGUGGAAAGCUACAACCCAGUCAAGGGAAUUUCUGAAGUCUAUCAAACGCUACUAUAGCAAUGCAUAUACUGAUGGAGAAAAGCAAGAUGCUAUUAACUUAUUUUUGGGCUAUUUCCAACCUCAGGAGGGGAAACCUGCACUUUGGGAGUUGGAUUCUGAUUAUUAUCUUCAUGUUUCUGGUAUUGGAGAUGACCUUGUUCCAGAGAAAAGUUCUUCCGUUGAGAGAAGGCCUGCUGGACCGGGGACUACUCUGGCUCCUAUUCCAGCUUGCAGGGAGGACUUCUCACGCAAGAAGUAUACUUCUUUUGAUAAACUGAUGGAAAGAACGUGCGGUUAUAUAAAAAAUGUCCGUCUUUGCAGUGACACUGAACAAAAGUCUGGAAAUUCUGGAGUUGCUCCUGAUGCGGCUGAGAUACAACUUAAGAGCCCAAAUUGGCUAUUUGGGCAGAGGAAGUAUGAAGAUAGUAAUACAGCAUCCAAGUUGGGCUCUCAUGAAGUUCCUAGUGGUGCUUCCUGGAAUGAGAGGAGAAAAGAUGCCUUAUGUGAUCAUAGUUGGCUCUCUACCAUUACUGCGACCACUGAAGAGGAUAUCUAUCAAAGAUAUCUUGACAUGACCACAGUAAAUGAAACAAAUGGCUGGUAUGGUGGUACGUUGCUUGGUGAUCAAGACGAAACCAGUGAAAUCUACAGACAUUAUGCUGAACUUAUUCAAGGUCCUGCAAUGGAACCGUUUGGUAAUGAUUCAGAGAAAGAGAAAUACUAUGCCAACCUUUUAUGUAGGGGUUCACUUGAUGCCAUGGUGGAUGAUGCAGCUGUUGAAGCAGAGAUGGAGACCGCACUGAUUGGGUAUGGCAAGAUCGGUGAUGAUCUUGGGAUUUUCCCUGAGUCAUGUAAAGCUUUGGCCGGUGAUCCAAGCCAGUUGACUAGAUGGUUGAUUGGGGAAGAUAAGCUGCUGCCCAGUGCUUAGUGCAGCUCUCCAUUUAAUGGGCUAGGGUUUCCGUCUUCACCUGAGGUAUUAGUAAUUAGGCAGGUCUUGUUGCUGAAGAGCAUGCCUGUCUGCUGCUGUAUAGAAUAGCUGUUGUAUUGAACGUGUAUAGCUGAUGUGGUUGUCAGAUAUGAAUUCCUUCAUUUGCAAGUGUACAUAGAUGACGAGUUUCAUAUAUGAUAUUCUGAAUGGAGUAGUCUGGUGAGAC